CCCCAGCAUUAGCCUCAGGGUUUCUGGGCGGCAACGUGCGGAGUCCUUACCUUGAGCCGGUGCAGUCGCCGGCACCCGGGAAUCCAUGGUCUCUGUGACGAGGCGGGAGGACGUGGGCAUCAGCUAGCCUCGCAGUCCCACACGCUGCCGGUCCGCGCCUGGCCGAGCCACCACGAACCGGUGAAGUUGGGGGCGGUUCCCAGGCACUCCCCCUGUGCCGCCACCGCCGCCGCCUGCGUUUCCAAGGGGUCAGAAACCGCCGUGUUUGUUUCUUCCGCGUAGCCAGGGCGGGUCGCGCGAACGCUGAGCGUGGCCCGACGGUGGCAAGCUUGACGCGUCAGCCAGAGACCAGUGCCAGGUGUAGGAGUCGCAGUCUGGGCUGUGUGCGGCUGCUGGCGGGAGGGGGACAGACUUGCUUUCUCUUAGAGCAUGUCACUUUCAAAGUGCACCGCGGUGCCUCUUACUUAAGUCCUGUAGGAAGACACUGCCGCAUCUAGACCGGUGCUUAUGGUCGCCACUGUUAACUCUGACUCAAGUCCCCUGUCUUUGAGUGUAUCUAUAAAAAUGCCUUAGGAAAGAACCAUGGAGAAGUAUGUUAGACUACAGAAGAUUGGAGAAGGUUCAUUUGGAAAAGCUGUUCUUGUUAAAUCUACAGAGGACAGCAGACAUUAUGUUAUCAAGGAAAUUAACAUCUCAAGAAUGUCCAGUAAAGAAAGGCAAGAAUCAAGGAGGGAAGUUGCUGUGUUGGCAAACAUGAAGCAUCCAAAUAUUGUCCAAUAUAAAGAAUCAUUUGAAGAAAAUGGCUCUCUCUACAUAGUAAUGGAUUACUGUGAAGGAGGGGAUCUGUUUAAACGAAUCAAUGCUCAGAAAGGCACAUUGUUCCACGAAGACCAGAUUUUGGAUUGGUUUGUACAGAUAUGUUUGGCUUUGAAGCAUGUACAUGAUAGAAAAAUUCUUCACCGAGACAUAAAGUCACAGAACAUAUUUCUAACCAAAGAUGGGACAGUGCAGCUUGGAGAUUUUGGAAUUGCUCGAGUUCUUAAUAGUACUGUAGAGCUGGCUCGAACUUGUAUAGGAACUCCAUACUACUUGUCACCUGAAAUCUGUGAAAACAAGCCUUAUAACAAUAAAAGUGACAUUUGGGCUUUGGGCUGUGUCCUUUAUGAAUUGUGUACACUUAAACAUGCAUUUGAAGCUGGAAACAUGAAAAACCUGGUACUGAAGAUAAUAUCUGGAUCCUUCCCUCCGGUGUCUGUGCAUUAUUCCUAUGACCUCCGCAGCUUGCUCUCUCAGUUAUUUAAACGGAAUCCUAGGGAUAGACCAUCCGUCAACUCCAUAUUGGAGAAAGGGUUUAUAGCUAAGCGAAUCGAAAAGUUUCUCUCACCUCAGCUUAUUGCAGAAGAAUUUUGUCUAAAAACAUUUUCAAAGUUUGGACCACAGCCUAUACCAGGUAAAAGACCAGCCUCAGGGCAAAGUUCCAUUUCUCUUGUCUCUGCUCAGAAAAUCACGAAGCCUGCUGCUAAAUACGGAGUGCCUUUAACAUAUAAGAAAUAUGGAGAUAAAAAAUUUGUUGAAAAAAAACCAUCUCCAAAACAAAAGCAGACCUACCAAAUUCCAAUGAAGAAAAUAAGUUCUGGAGAAGAAAGGAGGAAAAUGUUUGAGGAAGCGGCAAAAAAAAGAAGAUUGGACUUUCUUGAGAAAGAAAAGAAGCAAAAGGAUCAGGUCGGUCUCAUGAAGGCGGAGCAGGUGAAGAGGCAAGAGAAGCAGCGGUUGGAGAGAAUAAAUAGGGCCAGGGAACAAGGCUGGAGGAAUGUUUUAAGGGCUGGUGGAAGCGGUGAAGUAAAGGCUCCCUUUUUUGGCAGUGGCGGGGCUGUCUCUCCAUCACCUUGUUCUUCCCGAGGACAGUAUGAACAUUAUCAUGCCAUUUUUGACCAAAUGCAGCAACUAAGAGCAGAAGACAAUGAAGCAAGAUGGAAAGAAGGGAUCUAUGGCCGGCGGCUUCCAGAAAGAGGAGCUCCACCUGGAGUUGGUCCAGGACGUCCCAGUGGGGCUGCAGGUCACCACCAUUCCCCUGAGGCUGAUGCUCUUAGGAAAACCUUGAAAAGGUUGAAGGCCGUGUCUAAACAAGCCAGUGCAAACAGGCAAAAAGGACACCCACCUGUAGAGAGAGCUAAACAAGUGGAAGAAUUCCUACAGCGUAAACGAGAAGCUAUGCAGAAUAAAGCCCGAGCAGAAGGACAUGUGGGAAUCCUGCAAAACCUGGCAUCUCUGUAUGGAGGCAGGCCCAGCUCUUCAAGAGGAGGGAAGCCAAGGAACAAUGAGGAAGAGGUUUAUCUGGCAAGACUGAGGCAAAUAAGACUACAAAAUUUUAAUGAGCGUCAACAGAUUAAAGCCAAACUUCGUGGUGAGAAUAAAGAAGCUGAUGGUGCCAAAAGACAAGAAACAACCGAAGAGGCUGACUUGAGGCUCAAAAAGAUGGAGUCACUUAAGGCCCAAACACAUGCACGUGCUGCUGUACUAAAAGAACAGCUGGAGCGCAAAAGAAAGGAAGCUUAUGAGAGAGAGAAGAAAGUGUGGGAAGAGCACUUGGUGGCGAGAGUGAGGAGCUCAGAUGUCCCUCCACCUUCAGAGCAUCGUGAAACAGACGGCUCUCCGUCAAAGCAGGAGAUGAAACCUGUUAUUUCUGUGACUUCAGCUUUGAAAGAAGUGGGCCUGGAUGGAAGUUUAACUGAUACCCAAGAAACUUUAGAAGAAAUGGAAAAGAGCAACAAUGCUGUUUCAAGCAAGCGAGAAAUACUGCGCAGGCUAAAUGAAAAUCUUAAAGCUCAAGAAGAUGAAAAGGAAAAACAUCAUCACUCUGUGAAAGAGUAUGAGAAAGAAAAUGCCGUUUCCUCUGAUCGCAAGAAGUGGGAGGUUGGAGGUCAGCUGGUGAUUCCUCUGGAUGAAGUGGCUCUGGAUGCAUCCUUCUCUGUAACGGAAAAACAUACUGUGGGAGAGGUUAUUAAGUUAGAGCCUAAUGGCUCUCCAAGAAAAGUCUGGGGAAAAAGCCCUACAGAUUCUGUGCUGAAGAUACUCGGAGAAGCUGAACUCCAGCUACAGACAGAACUACUAGAAAACACAGCUUUUAAGAGUGAGGUUUAUCCUGAAGAGGAACACUCCAAACCCUUACUCGCUGGAGAAGAAAAUUCAAAGUGUAUUUCAAAAGAAGUUAAUCCAUUAGCUACUGUUGAUUCUACUGAAAUAAAAAGUACAAAGGUUCCUGAAGUGUCUCCAACAAAGUCAGCAGAAAAUGUGGACGAACCUGAUGAUUUGGAAACAGAAGUUCUACAAGAGCCAAGUAGUACAAACACAAAUGAGAGUCUGCCAUGUGUUGUUAAUGAUGUGUGGACCGCUGAGGAAGAAGCAACUGAGAAAACUGAGUUGGAAGACAAGGUUGCCAUGCAGCAGAGUGAAGUGUGUGAAGAUAGAAUUCUGGGGACUGUGGACCAACCUUGUGAGGACCAUAUAGAACCUGCCGUAGACGGUGCUCAGCAGUCUAGAUGUGAUGUGGAGAAGUCAGUGCAGCCAGAACCUUUUUUCCAGAAAGUGGCUCAUUCUGAGCACUUGAACUUAGUCCAGACAAUUCAUUGUUCACCAGAAGAGCCAAUUUCACUUCGAUCUCGCUCUGAUUCACCACCAAAAAGAAAAGCCAAGAAUGCCUUACUGAUUGGACUGUCAACUGGUCUGUUUGAUGCCAACAACCCCAAGAUGCUGAGGACAUGUUCACUUCCAGAUCUCUCCAAGCUCUUUAGAACCCUGAUGGACGUUCCCACUGUAGGAGACGUUCAUCAAGACAGUCUUGAAAUCGAUGAUCUUGAAGAUGAGCAUAUUAAAGAAGGGCCUUCUGAUUCCGAAGACACUGUGUUUGAAGAAGCUGACACAGAUUUACAGGAGCUUCAGGCCUCAAUGGAGCAGCUACUUAGGGAGCAACCAGGUGACGAGUACAGUGAGGAGGAAGAGUCGGUCCUAAAAAGCAGCGAAGUGGAGCAGCCAUUGAGGGGAACAGACGCAGCUGAUGAGGACGACAAUCCCAGCAGUGAAAGUGCCCUGAACGAGGAAUGGCACUCAGAUAACAGCGAUGGUGAGAUUACUAGCGAAUGUGAAUAUGACAGUGUUUUUAACCAUUUAGAGGAACUAAGACUUCACCUGGAGCAAGAAAUGGGCUUUGAAAAGUUCUUUGAGGUUUACGAGAAAGUAAAGGCUAUUCAUGAGGAUGAAGAUGAAAAUAUUGAAAUUUGUUCUACGAUAGUUGAGAAUAUUUUGGGCAAUGAGCAUCAGCAUCUCUAUGCAAAGAUUCUGCACUUAGUCAUGGCAGACGGAGCCUAUCAGGAAGAUAAUGAUGAAUAAUCCUCAGGACUCUCUAAUACUCAACUAUGUGAAAACAUUUGAACUUGGCUCAUAACACAAGCUUCCUGGAAACAGAUUAUUUAUGAGAAAUACCAGAUUUAAGACGGGCAUGCUUAUUGCAUGAAAAAUUGAGAAGUGUGAUUUUUUUUUUUGACAUUUUUAUCUACUUUAUUUUGUUUAUUGGAUUCUACAGCUGAAUCCUAUAGAAUUUUCUUUAAAUCACCCCACCAAAGCAUUGACUCAGAACUGUAAUUAAUGAUGUUGAAAUUUACCACGCAAUAAGGAACUACUUUUAGCAUCUGUCUUUCAGUUGAGGAAGUUGCCUAUAUUAUGAAAGGCCCACUUUUGGUGUUUUAUUUAAAUUUCAGCAUGACUUUUUUUCUGUCUAGGAUUUUUCAUCCUGGCUAGCAGUUCUGCAUUAAAUAAUCCUUGUCAAGGGCUCUAUUCAAAUAUCUACAUUUGGAAGACGAAAUUUUACCCUUGAAGUUUGUAUUCUCAAAUCAUUUUUCAAGCACUGGAUCUCCUGAGCUUGUUAGCUAGAAACAGGCUGUAGAAACAAUCCUAAAAAUCACUGAAAGGCUUGAUUUUGAAGGAAUAACAGAAUUAUAUUUCCUGAUGCUUAAAGGUUCCUUAAUUUCUUCUGUUUCUCUUUGUUAUGAGA